UAGAAGUUGUUUGCAAUAUGCCAUUAAUCAAGAGAAGAAGAAGAACAGGAAGUCAGCUACUAGCAAGCAAGCGACGCAAAGAAGAAAAAGUUGUUGAUAAACUCUGCUCUACCCAACUUCAGCGUUCAGGCCUGUUUACGGAGAGCUCUAAAGAUGUCGUCAGGUGCUCUUUUUCCGAGCUUGGUGAGCGGCUCGAGGGGAAGCUCCAGCAAGUACCUGGUGGAGUUCCGAGCCGGGAAGAUGACCUUGAAGGGCAACGUAGUGACGCCGGACAAACGCAAGGGCACGGUGUACGUCCAGCAGUCCGACGACUCCCUGAUCCACUUCUGCUGGAAGGACAGGACGUCUGGGAAUGUUGAUGAUGACCUGAUCAUCUUCCCCGAUGACUGCGAAUUCAAGAAGGUGAGCCAGUGCACCACUGGACGCGUCUUCGUGCUGAAGUUCAAGGCCGGAUCCAAGAGACUGUUCUUCUGGAUGCAGGUGAGAGGAAGAUGCUCCCCCAGCCAACACUGCAAGUUUCAGAAUUUUUUGUAGAAUGAGGUCUCUACG